AUGUCCCGCUCCUUUUUCGUCCGGGGCUUAAAUGCUUUACAGAUCCGGCACUUAUCUGCGAGGGCAGCGGCGCAGGGCGGGAAGGGCUGGAGGCGGGGGCAGCGGGUCCAGCCUGUGUUCAGCAGAGGGCGCCCCGCGUUCCGCUGGAGCAGAGCCGGGAGGAGCCUCCUGCGCCGCUCGGCUCGGCGCGGCCGGUUCCCAGCUGGUGCUGCCACGUCCGCUGGGCUGAGCCGGGACUCGGGCGCGGCGCGGCGCGGCUGCCGGAGCCCCACGUGCGCGGGGCGCCGGGCGGGACUGGGAGCUGCUGGUGCCGGGCGCUGGGAAGUUGGAGGCGGCAGAGCCAGGACCCUGGCGGCAAAGACAACUCCAAGGUAUGAAGACGGGAGUCAGUUUGCUCUGCGAAUAGGCCCUGGCUGUCAAAGGGGAGAUCCUGUAUGGUAUGUUGCACCUCAGGCGGAAGACCCAAUGACUGGAGCCAGGCAUUUCGGCGCAUGGCGAUGCCGGAUGCUAGGGUGCGUGCUGCCGUGUCUGCAGCAUCGAGGGAGCCCUGAAGGGAGUUGCGAGCUACAAACUUGCCCUUCUCAGCAAUGGCCCCCAAUUCCGUAUGAGCCUCUGCUGGAAGGAGUUCUUGGAAUUUUAGGACUGCAGACCAUGAAUUGAAGUUGCACCUACUGAGGAUCGCACGAUGGUUCGCAAUC